AUGAAACUCUUUUACCUUUCUCCAUCACAUAUCGGCGGUGCCUUUUCCACCUGUAAAUGGAAUGGCACUGUACAGUUUACCAAUCCUGGAUCAAAGCCUACCUUUCCAAGGACAUGCACCGUCAAUGUCGGUAGCGUUAUUAUAUUGAUGUUCGGUAUACUCGCCGGUCUGCUUGUCCUUCUAAUCAUCGGUCUUCACUUCAGACAAAGAGAAACCAUCAGACGUCGCGACAUGACGUUAAAUAAAGACGAGGAGCAGGAGCAGCUUCUUCCAUAUAUUACAGUCAGUGCCCCGGACUCAGACGACCGGUUUGACCCAGAUUUGGAUGCUACUUCGCCGCUGCCCCUCCCGCCGACACCCCCUAAAGACAACGCAGACGGCAAAUCUCCAGCGGAUGCUUUGGGUUAUGGUAGGAUCAAUGAUCUUGAGCCACCUCCCCCAUACGUCAAGGAGUGA